AUGCCUAAUUUGUUGUCGAGAAAUCCGUUCCACGGUCAUCAUAAUGACCAUCACCAUGACCGUGAAAAUUCGUCUAAUAACCCGCCGCAGUUGAUCAGAAGCUCUAAAUCUUUUUUAAACUUCAUUGGUAGGAAACAAAGUAAUGACUCAUUAAGAAGCGAGAAAUCUACGGAUUCCAUGAAAUCUACCACAACCACUACAAAUUAUACUACAACAAAUCUCAAUAACAAUACCCACAGCCAUUCCAAUGCAACCAGUAUCUCAACAAACAAUUAUAAUAAUAACUACGAAACAAAUCACCACCAUAAUAUCUCUCAUGGGCUCCAUGAUUAUACUUCCCCCGCAUCACCAAAACAAACUCACUCCAUGGCAGAAUUGAAAAGGUUUUUCAGACCCUCUGUAAAUAAAAAACUAUCCAUGUCCCAACUUCGUUCAAAGAAACAUAGCACCCAUUCCCCCCCACCUUCAAAAUCAACUUCUACAGUCAACUUAAAUAAUCACUAUCGUGCUCAGCAUCCUCAUGGCUUUACAGACCACUAUGCUCAUACACAGUCUGCUAUACCGCCAAGUACCGACUCCAUCCUAUCUUUGUCUAAUAAUAUUAAUAUAUAUCACGAUGACUGUAUUCUGGCCCAGAAAUACGGGAAAUUAGGUAAAUUAUUGGGUUCCGGUGCAGGCGGGUCCGUUAAAGUUCUUGUGAGACCCACUGAUGGUGCUACUUUUGCCGUUAAAGAAUUUAGGCCAAGGAAACCGAAUGAAAGUGUGAAAGAGUAUGCCAAGAAAUGCACAGCAGAAUUUUGUAUCGGUUCGACUCUACAUCAUCCAAACGUUAUCGAAACUGUUGACGUUUUCUCUGAUUCCAAACAAAACAAAUAUUAUGAAGUCAUGGAAUACUGUCCGAUUGAUUUUUUUGCCGUUGUUAUGACGGGUAAAAUGUCCCGUGGCGAGAUCAAUUGUUGUUUGAAACAAUUGACUGAAGGUGUUAAAUAUUUACAUUCCAUGGGUUUGGCACACAGAGAUUUGAAGUUAGAUAAUUGUGUCAUGACUUCUCAGGGUAUUCUGAAACUAAUUGACUUUGGUAGUGCUGUUGUAUUUAGAUAUCCUUUUGAAGAUGGUGUAACGAUGGCUCACGGAAUCGUGGGUAGUGAUCCUUACUUAGCGCCGGAGGUAAUUACGUCCACCAAAUCUUAUGAUCCUCAAUGCGUCGACAUAUGGUCUAUUGGGAUCAUAUACUGUUGUAUGAUGCUGAAAAGAUUUCCAUGGAAGGCCCCAAGAGAUUCUGACGAUAAUUUUAGAUUAUAUUGUAUGCCAGAUGACAUAGAACAUGACUAUGUAGAAUCCGCCAGGCACCAUGAAGAGUUACUGAAGGAAAGAAAGGAAAAACGCCAAAGGUUUUUGAAUCACAGCGACUGUUCUGCUAUUAAUCAGCAGCAGCCAGCUCAUGAAUCAAACCUGAAAACAGUUCAAAAUCAAACUCCAAAUACGGCAUCUAUACAGGAUAAAAACAGCAACAAACCAGAAAUUAAGGAGGGAAACACCGAAGAGAACAAAGACGAGGAUAGCAAUAAUGAUAAAGAAAGUACACCAGAUAAUGGCAAGGAAGGUACUAUCAACAUCAAAGCGGGCAAAAAUGAGGAUAUAAGCACGCUAGUUUCAGCUAACGCUAAAAAGACAGAUGUCCAUACUAACGCUGAUUGCAAUAACAAAGCUGAUGGCAAUGCUAACAGUGACUGCGAUAACAAAGCGGAUUGCAAUGCUAACGGUGAGUGCAGCAACGAAGCGGAGUGCAAUGCUAAAGUUGAUGCCAACGCUAAACCUGAUGUUGCUCCCCAAAACAAUCUACAACAACAACAACAACAACAACAUCACCAGCAUCAGAAUCAGGAUAAGCCGCAUAGUAUUGCUUCUGAUAGUAAAUCGAGUCAGCAACAUAGAGGACCUCACCAUAAAAAAAUUAUUCAUGGCCCAUACCGUUUGUUACGUCUACUGCCACAUGCUUCCAGACCUAUCAUGUCCCGUAUUCUGCAGGUGGAUCCUAAGAAAAGAGCUACCUUAGAUGACAUUUUUAAUGAUGAAUGGUUCGCCUCCAUUGCCGCCUGUACCAUGGAUUCAAAAAACAAGGUUAUUAGAGCGCCUGGCCAUCACCAUACAUUGGUUAGAGAGGAAAAUGCUCACUUAGAAACCUACAAGGUUUGA